GACAGUAGAGAGUCUUUACUGUAGCUGGAGAGAGAGAGGGAGGUGAAAACGGAUGGAAAUAUCUGUAUACGUGUUUCAAUUAAUUUUUGAAUGUAGUGGUCAAUUGUCCUAAUUAAUUGUAUAAAACAGCGGAACUACGUCUAUUAUAGUGAAUAUUUAUUGCUGUGAAGUUAACCAUAUUGGUGUUACCAUAUAGACUUGAGACAUAUUUUUUCUUACUAGUUACUUUUAUCAUCAUCAUCUUCCACCAUCAACAUCAUGUUAAACAGCUCAACAACUGCUGUUGGCUUGUCUGGACCACCUCAUUUUGUUGAUUUACAUGUGAACCCAGGUGAAUCUGUGUCGAUACAAUUAUUUGAUGGCAAUGAAACAGUGCUUCGAGGACCAGCCACAGUUACUAUGAUUUCUCAGCACUCAUUCCCUCCAGUACCGAUGCCUGUUCAGGUUCCUCCUGGUCACAUGGUGCAACAAAUUGUGGAUGAAAAUGGAACGCUGAGACAUAUUAUAUUAUCUGCUUUAAACAACAAUGGCACCAACACAAGUAACACAACUCCUCCGGCAGCAACAUUGGUACCACAACAACAAGCUUAUCCAUAUUGUUGUUGCUGUUGUUACUGCAGUACUUCUAACUUCUUUUCAAGGGAUUUACUCAGCUCUUCUUUGCCAUCACCAAAUCCACUUCCUACGCCUCCGCCACCUCCACCACCACCUCCGCCUAUUCACCAUAGCAAUCUGUGGGAAAUGGGUUUAACUCAUGUUGACUCAACGCGACGUCUUCCCUUUUCCCGGACAAACUCCAAAGUAAACUCUUACAAUAUUGACAUGACCUUUCCAGCAUCACCAACCACCACAAUUAGACGGCGAUUACCUAAUCGUAAUUACUCUUAUACCAAGAGAUCGCCAUCAACUUUAUUACAAGCAACAACCACCAGCACAACGACCACGACUACUACGUCAACAGCAACAAUUAAUAACAAUACUAGUAUCACCACGACAACAAUUACCACAACCACAACGGGCACAUCUCCUACAAUUAAUUCACACACAAACUCACACAGUAAUCCAACUGUUAAUGGAGUAACCACUAAGCUAUCUUCUUCCGGGGUAUUAUCAAUCGCAACGGUAACAUCUACUUUAACAACCGCAACAACGACCACAACAGCAACAUCAACCAUUACAACUUCAACCACAAAUAUUCCAGGUCAAAACUCUAUUAGAACAAUCAAUGGGAAAAAUCAAACAUUAACGGUAACAGUUUCUGAAACGGGAUCAGUCUCUAGGACCGGGGCCAUAACAUUUCCUGUUACCCAUUUGAGGACCAAUGGAAGCAAUGUGGCUACUAAAUUGACUACUUCAGUACCUGAGCUUAUCUCUUCCACAGAACAAUCAACGAAACAUCAACAGCAACAAUCAACUAAAAUUGAAUGUCUCCUAUUCAGUAAUAGCAACAAUUCAGUAACAAGUGGUUCAUACAAUUUUAACAGCAAGCACAACACUGUUACUAAUUCAUCAUCGUCCACUUCAAGUCAUCAUCAUCACCACCAUCACCAUCAUCAUAUUUUUACCCAUGGUGCAAAUGAUAAGUUGGUUGACAGUGAAAAAAAUAAAUCAUCUCAUCAUCAUAAAGAUAAUUCAUCUUCAGGAGUUUUGGUUAAUCGUAAUACAAACUCCACUUCCAAUGGAUUACUCAUUGGUUUUCCUUCCUCACCGAUUAAAAAUGGUUCAUUAAAUGCUAAAGGUUCAACUACCCUUAGUACCAAAACACAGUCGUCAAAUAAUUCGCCUAAAAAUGAUCAUGUGUCCAGAAAAGUGAGAAGAGAUGAAAAGUCAAAAGAGGAAAAGGAAAGUAAUAAGUCAAAAGAGAAUACACCUCAACGGAAAAAAUCAAACAUAAUCAAUACGCCUAAUGGUAGCAAUUACACUUUAGAUAACGAGAUUGGAAAGAACAGCAGUGGUGCCAGUUCAGCAAGUAACUCGAAAGAAUCGUCACCAAUCAAGAUUCCAUUAAAUCGAUUGAGUCACUGUAAACCUUUACAAGCUCCUAUUCCUGCAAUUAUACCGAUUAAUGUUACCCUGGCAACAGGACCAUCGACAACUACUGUACCUAUUAUCAGUAUACCAGUGGAGGCAGCGUCAUUACUGAAGAAAGGUUGUGAUUUAGGUAAUGAAGAAGAUGGCAAAGAGUCUAACAAUGACCCGGUGGCAACUGUAUCAGUACCUGAGUCUCCUCUUAGAUCUGAUAAUUGUGUCGUUUCCUCAACUCUUGGACUAAAUUCAUCACUAGACUCAAAGAGUAGGAAAGAAACAAAAGAAUCAACUUUAACUGAAACUGAUUCUAAAACUAAUAAAUCAACUGGACGGAAUCUCUCUCGUGGUCAACAGCAAUCACAAGUCUCAACUUCUCUCCGAGCUAUGCCAACUUCUGUAAUAGUCAAUGAUGUCGAUACGAAGAUUAAUGAUGAAAAUACUUUAGUCGUAAUAGAGAAUGAAACUAAAGAAAAUAUUAGUGAAACAAGGCCAAAUGAAAAGUCAUCAACGAAAUUAAAUAUAACAAAAUUUAUUGAUCAUAGUGAAGUACAAGAAAAUGGUGAUAAAUUGGAAGAAGAAGACGAUACUGAUACUGAUGCCAAUGAUAUUUGUGUAAAAGGGCAAGAUGCAAAGAAAAAGAUAGAUAGCAUUGAUCAAUGUGAUGUUGGCCAAGUUCAGCAGUCAGAACUUCAAAGUGAUGAAAAUUUCGUUGUAAAUGAUGAUUCCAAUGUAAGAUUAGCUGAUAAUAUUGAUAAAGAAUCAUUAACAGUCAAAAAUGAUAUUGAUGAGGAUAAAGAUAUUAUCGCUACAUCUAAUAAGGAGUCUAAUAGAUCUGGUGAUGCAUUUUUAGAGCAAAAGAGCAAAAGUGAUGAUAAAAUUGAUUCUCAGCAUCGGUCAACAACAAGAGCAACAACCUGUAAUGGUUAUGUUAAUAAUGUUACCGCUAUUGAAGCAAUUAAAGAAGAUAUUAGUGAUAGUUCUGCAACUCAUGAUAAAAAUGAAAAUGGUGAUGAAAAGACCGUGAAUUAUGCUGAAGAUGAUCACGAUGGAGAUGAUAAUGAGGAGGAAGACGAUGAUUCUUCAUUGAGAGAUGAAAAAAGCUCAAAAACAAAUGGUAUUAUGAUCUAUGGCGGAGAUUCUGGAGAUAAACCUAAAAACUCACCCCAACGUUCACCUAAGCAUUUAUUGCCUCAAAUUCAAGUAUUUUGUUUAACUUAUACCUCAUUGACCGCAACCAGUGUCAAGUUAAAAUGGAUCAACGAGCAAGGCCAUCAUAAUAAUCAUCAUAGCCAUCAUCACACGCCAUCAUCUUCAUAUGGCUCUUUAAUUAGUGAAACUCGACAUUACAUGGUUGAAAUGAUGAAGUCAAAUGCCAAAAAUGGAACAGUAACACCAACUACAAGAAUCGUCUAUCAAGGAACUCAAGCUUCUUGCAGAGUUUCGCAUUUAACUCCUUCAGAACAGUAUUCAUUUAGGGUGAGAUUAUCUGAAAAUAAUCAUCAAUUGGUCAGUAAUGUGUUAACUUUAGUUACACCUGAACACCAACCUGUUAACAAGCGUCAACGAUCAAGAGCCCAAAACUCUAAUCAACAAGUCCAAUUGAGUUUAGAGUCGUCACAAAAGCAACAGCAUUUCAACCAAAAUCAAGAGCAAGCAGCCUUCCGCCAACAGGAAUCAUUGAAUAACAAAAUUGAUGGAGAAACUCGAAUCAUUCGUAGUGAACAAAAAUGUGCAAUUGUUAUCAUUUCAUUGGUUUCAGUCCUUGCCGUUAUCCUUGCCUGUAUCAUUCACAAUCUAUUGAUGUAUUGAUGACCAAAGUCAAACUGCAAGAGAACCCUUGAAACUAAUCAACUUUUAACCAAGACUCGUGCUAUUAGUAUUUUAUUGCUUCACAAAAUUCACUGAUAUUAUAAUGAUAAUGCUGACCAACAAUUAUCCAUUUUGCCCAGGAUUGAAAAAAAACUGUAAAGAACAAAGAGGAAAAAACAGAAAUAUUGAAAGAAAAGAAAAGAGCUGAAAAAUCUCCCUUUCUUUAUGCUGUCUCUUUAUUUUUAUCAUCAUCAAACUUUGCUUCCUUCUCACCCUUUUACACUUACAAUUGGAAUCAUAAGCAUUGUUGCGCAAAAUAGCGACUGAACAAGCAACAUCCAUUCAACUAUUUCUGAUAAAAAGAACCAUCGAUUUAUAAAUUUUCGUUAUGAAUGCGAAAUUGUAUUGAGUUUCAUCACAAAAAACUUGAAAAACAGGGAAAUGAGAAAAACUCUUCAUACGUGGAGAUGAAGGAGGUGAUGGAGACUCUGCUUAAGAUAUGAAAAAAAAGUCAAAACCAGAAAACUUAUUAAUAUGAUAGAAAAAAACAAAUGGAUUAUCAUAAAUUUGCUUUAUUAUGAAUUAUUAUUGCUUUUAUCAUCAUCACUAUUAUAAUUAUUAUUAUGACUACUAUAUUGAUUAUUAUUAUUAUGACUAUUAUAUUCUAUUGUGGAUUAUAUUGUGAAUUAAGAUUAUAUUGAAUAUAUAUAUAUAUUUUUAUCAUUCAUUACAUAAAAUACAAAACAUGUAACAUAGCAAUUGAUCCAAUUUUGGAUUUUGCUGUUGUUUUCUUUUUCCUUUCCUGAUAUUGUUUUUCCUUCAAAUAAAGCUGACCUUUUACGGA